AUGCCGCCUAUUCUUCGGCUCUGUUUAUAUGCCGUCAGCGCCAACGGCAGCAAGGCGCAGCUGUGGCUCUCCUUUCCAAUUCUUCGCACCACCACUCCGAGGGAUAUUAUUCUGCUCGCGCGGCGGAGUGUGGAGGAACGCAUGGCAGCAGAACUGGAGAUGCAUGCGUCGUACGAGACCCAGUUGGCCUUUUGCAUGUGCAGCGUGAGGGGCCGAUUUGUGUUUCUGGGCACUGCGUCCAUGACGGAGGCCCACACGCCUAUUCUCGGGAUGCCCUUUUUCGAGGAGCUGCUGCGCGUGCAGCAGGAGACAAGGGAGGUUGCAUCCAAAGCACCGUGGGAGGGGUUUAUCUUCACACAAGGCAUCCUUGUUCCCGUGCCAGACCUGCUGCGACUCAAUCACAGGGCCCCCAGAGGGCGUGCGACAUCGUUCGCCUUCUGUGAAACGGUGGUGGUGCCGCUGGAGCUGGGCAGUGAUCCUGUGGUGGACGAUAUCGUGCCGUCCGUGGCAAUGAGAGCCACCGAUACGGAGCUACCCCCGCACGACUUUGAAUUUCCCGUGUCGUCCACCUUUGCUUCCUCCUCCGUCGUUCCCACAGCCGUGGAGAAUACGUCUCUUUUCACCCCAGCAAGGACUCAGGCAGACAGUGCCACGUCUAUGCUUGUAAAGUACGUGAACUUUGCUGGCCGAACAUACAUGACGAGGGUGCGACUAACGGAAACGCCGUCGCUGCAGUCGGUGAUGUCGGAGGCGUGUGCGGCUUUCAGUGCCCAGGUUGGAUGUGUCUUUCAGCCGUGCAACAUGCAAUUAAUGUGCAGCCGCGACCAUGGGACUCCGCACUCAGUGGACGACGACAAUGCGCUUCGCGACUCUCUGACAGGUGAGGGUGUGCAUUUUUAUCUCGCGGUAGACGGGCGGCUGCUGGCAUCCUCUUCGCCCCAUCGCUUGGAGGUCCCAGAGGGGAGACCUGUGCUGAUGUUGAAGGAGACGCAAAAUGACCUUCUCGAGACCGUGGCUGACGCCAACAAACCGGACUCACCCUGGGCGCUGGCCACCAGUGCCGCGACACUGCGACAGCUCGGAGGCCUCCAUCCUACACCGAUCUUUUCACCACAAGACCGUCUAUCGGUUCUGCGCACGAGGCCCACGCCACUGUUAGGGCCGUCAACGAGCGCCACAGUGGCGAACAUGCGUCAUGAAGAGGACACAGCCCGACUACGUCUUGCCUCCGCCCAUUUCUCCCUGGACGAGGCCCGGCGAAAACACAAGGCGGCUGUACUGGUGUCAGACCACGAUGCCACAUAUGAAGGGCUCCGCAAGAAGAAGGCAGUGCUGACUGAAGAGUGGACUGAAUGUGUCAGCGCGGAGCGCGACUGUCAGCGGCUAGAAACGCUUGUCGCCUGGCUUGAAAAGGACAAGGCGGAUGGUUACGCGAGGCAGGAGAAACUCAUUCGGGCUCUCUAUGCUGCAUAA